AUGUCUAUUACAUCUAACGAUUCUCGGCCUCUAGUGCUCGUCUUUGGCGGCACAGGCCAUACAGCGGUAGUAAUCAUCAAUGCUCUCGUGAAGUCCGGAGCAUUCCGCGUCGCUACGGCCGUCCGCGCAUCUUCUCUCUCCAAGCCUGUGGUUGUCGAAUAUAGGAGGGACGAUGUCGACAUUCGGGAAGCAGACAUCGAUGACGGCGUGGAAAAGCUGGCCAAGGUGUUGGAUGGUGUAGACGUACUCAUCAGCACGAUCAAUGCAGAGAAGAUCUUUGACCAGCGCGACCUCUUUGCCGCUGCAAAGCAGGUCGGUGUCAAGAGGGUUAUUCCAUGCGACUUCGGGACUCCCGGAGCGCGGGGAGUCCGCCACUUGCACGAUGAGAAACUUGAAAUACACGAGUACAUCCAGAGCCUUGGUCUUGGAUAUACCUUUAUCGACAUCGGCUGGUGGAUGCAAAUUACCCUCCCCUGCAGUUCUCCAAGCAAGUCCCCCGUGCUUAGCAUGAGCCGCGAGCUUUACAACGGUGGUAUGAAGAAGAUGCUCGUCACUAACCUCGACAAUGUCGGGGAGUAUGUGGCACGCAUCAUCACUGAUGAGCGCACGCUCAACCAUUCCGUGCUUAUCUGGGAGGACCAGGUAACGGGUUGGGAUGCCAAGGAGAUCGGAGCCAAAGUGAGCGGAGAAGGGUCGACCCUCAUGGAGACCAUCGUGCACGUAUCCGCGAACGAGAUUCUCAAGCGAGCUGCGGCAGCUAAAGAAGAGUUUGUACAGACGCAUGCUUUCGCCUCUCGUGCAACCUGGUCUUGGUACGAAUACCAAUACAGCAUCCACGUCCUCGGUGAGAACUGCUUGGAGAACGCGCAGGCGUUGGGUUAUCUUGACUUCCGCGAGCUGUACCCCGACGUCAUCCCGGAUAUUCUGGAGGAGUACGCGAGAAAGUUCUACGAGAGCGGGUUUGUCUACUUCUAA